UGUUAAUGGAUGAUGUCCGAACCUUGUAGGUGGUUGUAACAGUAAUGAUGUUUAUCUACUAAGCCUAUAAACUUACUGAAAUUAGCUAGAAUCACGCUCUUCUUGCUGAGCAACUUCCAGUCUUUUUUCACUGCAGACGUAAUUGAAUCUCACCGCCAUACAACUACAAGCUAAACAUCACAGAAUACUAAUCAUCACAGGUACCCAUCUGGAGAACAUUUUCAACACUCACACUUCUUAUUUGGGAACAAGCUACAAGCAUCAGGCAGCGAUAGGCUACAUACUCAGCGCCCCAUCAGCACCGACCAACCGCCGUAGGCCUACAACAAAAUAACUUUUUCCCCCUUCAUUUGCAUGAACCCUCCCCCUUGCUUCCAAACUAUCAGACCACAACAGGCAAACCAGAAGAUGAGGAACGAGUGCAACUUUCGCUCUUUCUCUCUCGCUUCGUAUGUUUCGUUGUUUGUUGAGGUCGCGGCAGGCUUGCUCUUGAAGGCAACACAUUUGAUGUAUUUUGAAUGAGUAGGCCUACGAAACAAUGUAGCUGUAGCUUUAAUGAGAGCUCCCCCCUUUGCCUUGAUGGACGCGCAAACCACCCAAACGUCGCAGUGUUCGACAAGUUAAAUGUUCGCUUUAGGCGGAAAAAGCUUAGUAUCAACUCCAACUCUUGGCUAAGAUGUAUAGCUACGCAACAUUAGCCUUCCAUAAUUUCAAAAAAUAGAAGCUGUGUCUAUCUUUUACUCGCUUGGGUACCACAGGGCAACUUAAAACCAUUGCGAGGACCAGCAAAACGACUUUAUGUAGCUGUUGAGAAAGACUUGCUUUGUGCCGUCCAAGAGUCUUCUGGCCUGUGUCGUUGCAAAGACAUGAACAAUUUGGCAAUCGCAGGUUCGCUUCAAAGCCGAUAUCAGAUCACAAGUUUUCGUUCUGGGAGAUCCUCUCACGUAGACGAUACCCAUCUGAUAAGCCAUAGCACUAAACCCUGCGUAUAUUAGCCUACUUCCCUGUUAGACACAACGAGACAUGAAUGGCAUCCAAAUCCAAGUCUCGCCUGGCUGCAUUGCCACGUUCUGAGAUAUGCGCUUAUUGGGUUUUGUCGUUCGGCUCCCAUCUGUACUCUUUUUAUGAACUGCACAGAUUCUCUAAAGAGCAUGAAGCUGGACUGGAGAGAGAGUUCCAACUUCAGACUUCAGACUUUCUUGGGGGUUUUAAAAAGGACCCAAAUGACUUUGAAUGGAGCUUCUGGAGCAACUGGGCCAAGAAGUCUUUGCUGUACACUUUGUUUGGGCAUGCGGUGGUCUCCAAAUUGUCCUCCAUCUUGGUUCCCAAGCUCAAGGUGGCGGUGGUCUCAGGGUAUGGCCUCCUGGUAGCCUGUGGCACUCUGGGUAUUAAAGGUGUGGCUGUGAUAAUGGUCCAUCUAGGCCUAUCAUUGGGUGUGGCCCAGCUCUGCAGACCCAGUAUGUCCUGGUGCUGUGCCCUGCUGCUGCUAUCCACCCUCCACAUUCCCCCUCUACAGGAGCUCAAGAGAAGCUGGUAUGAGACAGAGGAGGAGUAUUACCUCUUACUCUUCAGCGUUGCCGUUUGUGGUCUUCGCUUCAUCAGUUUCAACCUCGAGCACUGCUGGCGCCCACUAGAGGCUGGAGGACUAGUGCAGAUCUAUUGGUUGACUGCUUACUCCUUCUACCACCCUCUGUUCUACAAUGGACCCAUCGUCACCUUCAAAGACUUCGUCGAACAGAUGCAGAGACCAGCUGAGAAGAAUGGUGAUAAAAGGACUGUCCUCCCAUUACUGGUCAAAGCAGGAAGGAUAGUUGUGUGGUGGCUGACAGCAGAGUUCAUGAUCCACUUUAUGUACAUGCACUCAAUUCAGACCAAUGAAACCUACCUGGAAAUCCUUCCCCCUUGGGCCUUGGGUGGACUGGCUCUAACCCUCGUCCAGUUCUUCUAUGUGAAAUAUUUGGUUUUAUUUGGCUUGCCGUCAUUACUGGCUACACUGGACAACUUGGUCCCACCAAAACUUCCUCGCUGUGUCAGCAUCAUGUACAGUUUUACAGGGAUGUGGAGGCAUUUUGAUGAAGGGCUGUAUCUGUGGCUGAUCAGAUAUGUCUAUGUUCCUUUGGGAGGAUCUCACCACGGCCCUCUGUGGAAGGUUCUGUCCACUGGUCUGGCCUUUGGCUUCGUCUGUCUCUGGCACGGAGGACAUGACUACCUGCAGUACUGGGCCCUGAUGAACUGGGCCGGGGUUCUGGUGGAGAAUGGACUGAGGACCCUCCUAACCUCACCCUUCAUCCUGCCCUCCAUUGAACGUGGCCUAUCGCCCCCAAUGAGAAGACGGUGCGCGGCCUUUCUCUUCGCCAUCUCCACCGCCAUGCUCAUCUUGUCAAACCUCGUCUUCCUCGGAGGGAUACACGUCGGCAGGAUCUUCUGGAAAAGGGUCAUCAUACAAGGUUGGCCCACGAUGGUGCCAUCGAUGCUGGCCUUCCUCUACUGCUUUGCCCAGAUUGGUCUAGAGUGGAAGAACAACUUCAGUCUUUAACACACUGGUUUUGAUAGGAGGAGGAAUCUUGUCUUGUGUCUAGGUGACCUACUGAGCAUAUAGAUGGGACCAGCACAAUAUUCUUUAGUUAAGUGUUGGCAAGCUUCACUUAAGUAAUUGUUUGUCAAAUGUUCCUAAACACAACAUUUAAGUUAUUCAGUAUUCAACAAGGAAGGUUUCCACAAAUCCACUUUUAAUGUCUGUAUCCGUAAUACAAUUUUAGAUUCAGUUCGACAACUUCGAAAUACAUUUUUGAGGAUAAACUGUUAUUUGCUUUCAAAUAGUUGAACUUGAAUCCCAAAUACAGCAUGGAAACCUUCUCAUCUGUAGGAAACAUGACUGAUUUGCACUUUUUGGGGUUGAGUUAGAAAUGUAGAUUUCUGUGCAUCACUACUUUUGUAAUCAGAUUAAAUAUUUUAAAUGAAUUGACAUUGACAUUAAGAAAACAGAAUGUAAAUGUCAUGGCAUAAUUAUAAAUAAGGUGUUUUUAUGAUUUUGUACACAGUAUAGAUAGAUAAGUAAACCUAAUCUUCAAUUGACAGUUGUCUGUUGACAAUAAAACAUACGUGAAAAUAAAAUGAC